AUGUCCUACGCCGUAGUGAAGCCCCAAGCCUCGUCGCCCGCCGGCGGUGCCGACGCUCCCCCCUCCACGGCGACCGUGUACGACUUCAUCUGCCUGUUCACGCACGACCUGCGCCGCAAGCAGAAGCGCUGGCAGGACGGCAAGCUCAAGUACCACAGCUUCAACAAGAAGGUCGUCGUCUACGACGACCGCGGCCACCUCGUCGGCGACGCGCACUGGGACCAGGAGGGCGACCUGGCGCCCGGCGACGAGCUCUCGCUGGACCGCGGCAUGGCGCUUGUCCAGGUCGAGGACUGCACGGGCGAGAAGCAGCAGGACCUGACCGACCUCCUGGACAAGAGGGCGCGGGAGGUGGAGAAGCGCCGACAGAUUGCGGCGGCGAAGAGGCCGACCCCGCGAGGGAGUUUGCUGGCCGGUGGCGCGGGGCAGCCACAGCCGCAGCAUCCACAUCUCCCGCUGAGCUCCCUGGUGCAGAGCCCCGGACGCAUCGGCCGCGCGGCCGUGCCGGCACACUCCCCGUUUGAGGCCCGCAGGCAGGGGCUGCACCGGAACCAGCCGCCGACCGCCGAUUCACAGCCAACCGUCGCGGCGGCGACCAGGAAACGAAGGGCCAGCCCGUCGCCGCCGAGCAAGGCCGGGUUCGCGCGGAACCUGUUCGGUACGACGCUGAACCUGUCCUCGUGCCCGGGCCCGGAGCUGAUGGCCGCCAGGGCGCGCGCGCUGCGGCAGAGGAUGCUGUCCCAGGCCGCGGCCGAUUCAACGCCCCAGGAGGAGGAUGAGGCGGAGGGACAGGAGCCGGUGCAAAGCAGUCUGUUCUGCCCGCAGGAUGAAGCGGAGAGUACGCCUUCGAGGCCGGCCAAGGAACGGCGUCUAAAUCUGCAACCUGUGACGCGACACCCGAUUGCUACGGCUCGGUCCGUGAUGCGCGAGGCGGAGGAACUUGGAAAUCGCAACGAGGCUGUGGAACUUAGUGAUGAAGACACCAGUCGGAGGGAGACUGCUACGAAAAAGCAUCGAAAGGAGGCUCGGAAACCGGAGCGUCAAACCAAGGCCUCGGAUCCUACGACACAACACCUGGAUGACGAGGAGGACCAAACACGGGACAAGUCUUCCAAAAAGCAGAGGAAGGAAAUCUCUCAGUCUCAUGAACUACAACAGACUGAAAACAAAUCUCAGAGAAAAGAGCCGAGAAAGUCUACUACGAAUCAUCGUUCGCCCUUGCCAGAUCCAAUGCUUAUUGACGAGUCUGAUGAGGUUGAAGAAGUCCCACGUCCACGCGAAACGGCAAAGGAACCACUACGCAAGAAUACAGUACGAGAAGAGCGAGCAAAGGAGCACCCUGCGCCUGCGCGAAAGGAAGCAAGACAGGACGAGCCGAGGACGACACUACGAAUGCGAUCGAGGCAAAGGAGGGGUCUGCUCAUGCUGCAGCAGCCCAGCGCGCCGCUACAAAAACUACCAGCUCCGAUGAAGGUUUCGGCUAAUGAUAGAGUCACUAAGACGCCGUCCCCAGAACCCAUGGCUCCCUCACCACAGCAGAUACGGUCGCCCUCUCUUGAACAAGAGGUGAUAAUACCUAGCUCAGCGCCGCCAGAAGAAGAUACAUCGGCGGCGGUGGUCCUAGUGGAACGAGAACCUGCUGCGGCGCCCAUGGAAUGUAGUAGCGACGAUGACCUGCCCCAAGUAGCGCACCGACGCACUGGGAAGCGGAGGACGCACAGCCCACCUACAGAGUCGGACGUCUGCGAAGAAGCGCCGACGAACAAAAGGACGCAGCGGAAGAAGAUGACAAAACGCACAAUACACGACGGCAGCGGUAGUGAAGGGGCCGAAGAGCCGCAGCCACGAAAGAAACGGCCAGCCGUGAGGCCGAAAGCCCGUAACGAAGAGCCCGAGUCUGAGCACGCGGAGGACGAAGAGCUGCUUCCCCGAAGAAGACUACGAACUGCAAAGCGCGGCGCUUAUACCGAAGAGCCCGGUUCUGAGCCUGAGGAGGACGACGAACGAGAAGAGGAGGAGGCUCCUCAGGUGCAGGGCCCACGGAUCGCAAAGCUGUCACGCAAGGGCAUUCGGAGCAGAGAGAUCAUCGGCUACGUCGGGCAGGCGGUGAUUCCAGGCCCGUUUGCCUCGGCGGCGUUUCGACUCGGUGGUCUGCCUGUACCGAUUGUCAGCAGGGAAGCAUCGGACACAUGUGCCAACGCCGACACAGCGCCAAAGUCAACGGGCAUGUCACCAAUUGUAGCAGCUACUGCGCCAGCUCCUGUACCAGUUUCUGCACCAGCUCCUGCACCAGUAGCAGCACCUGCACCCGCACCAACGCUGUCCACUGAAGAAGAGAAGCCAGUGGUCGAGGAGAGGCCAGUGAUGGCGGAAAAACCAGUGGACCCGGAGAAAUCAGCGGUCGAGGAGGAGGCAGUGGUCGAGGAGGAGGCAGUGGUCGAGGAGGAGGCAGUGGUCGAGGAGGAGGCAGUGGUCGAGGAGGAGGCAGUGGUCGAGGAGGAGGCAGUGGUCGAGGAGGAGGCAGUGGUCGAGGAGGAGGCAGUGGUCGAGGAGGAGGCAGUGGUCGAGGAGGAGGCAGUGGUCGAGGAGGAGGCAGUGGUCGAGGAGGAGGCAGUGGUCGAGGAGGAGGCAGUGGUCGAGGAGGAGGCAGUGGUCGAGGAGGAGGCAGUGGUCGAGGAGAAGGCAGUCGUCGAGCCACCCACAGCUGCAGAGGCCGCCAUCACGGCCGUGGCCAGAGGGCCAGAGCCAGUACCACCUCGAACUAUCGUCUCUGCGGUUUCGGAAACAGCCGAGGCCAUUGCCUUCGAACCAAUCCCUCGUCGAAAUGUCACUCUAAUAAGAGCAUCACCACCUGUCGUGCGCACCAACAGCUCGAGCAACGCGAUCGCAGCAGCCACCACCAGAAAGCCCAAUGCGACGAAAUUGGAGGCUCUGAGUGCUCCAGGAAUUACCCUCGCAGAAAUACCAGAGACAUUGGGCGCGCCGCCACUACGUGUGGCAUCUUCUGUGAACGAAAAGAGACCAGACAUUGCAGAGGAGGAAAAACCGGUGACGGUGUUGCCGCCUACAGAAAGGUCGUUCAGCGCAGGCGGCGAGCUGAGCAGCGGCAGACCGCGCAUCGCCAACCCCGCGUCGCGAGGCAAGAAGGCGGCACGGCGGGAGGACGCGGCGGGUCUGGCGCCGCAGGUCAUUGUGCCAUUCGAGCCCGUCCAGCCUGUCGUCGCGCGCGCGGUGACGAUGCGGCCUAGCGGCACCGGUGGUAGGGGAAGGAUCGCCGCGGCUGGUCCUUUGGCGCUGGGUCCCGUGGUGCCACCACCACCACCUGCUGUGCUGGCGGUCGCGACCAAGGCGGCCAGCAGUGCCCUGCUGCCUGGGUUUACGUCGGCGAGCGGUGGGACGUGGAGUCGACAUGCGCAUGAUUUGCUGGGUAUGAAUCGGCCAGAGCGUGGGAGGUGA